CUCGCGCGCCUGAAUGCCUAGGGGCUUAGUCCGACUGACAGCAGAGUGCUGUUGGAAAAACUCAAUAUUUACCUGACUCGGGAGAAAGAAGUGGGAAUAUGCAGUCUGUCUGUAAGCGGCUGAAGAAAAUCUCAUCCGUCUUUUCCAAAAGUUAUCCAAGCCUUUUUGUCGCUCCGCGGCUUCCAUAGGGAAACGAUCGCGAGCAGGUCGUCCUGUGGAUGAGUUCUUUUCGUCUGCAUUGCCAGCUGUCAGGUUCCUUCCUUGCUUUCACUAUGCUGGGGUCUUUCAGAGCCUUCGCUCGCAGAGCCGCAUCCUGCAAAAUCCCCAACCAGCCAACUCUACACCGGGUCCUUUGUUCACCUUUUGGCACAGGGCCCAGGCAAGAUACUGGCACAAUCUUUGAACUUCGUACUUAUGACAUUAAGCCAGCAAAGGCCAAAGAAUGCAUGGAAUUGAUCAACAGAGACAUUCACAUUCGUCUGGUUCAUUCUGAGUUGAUUGGAUUCUGGACAGCAGAACUGGGGGCAAUGAAUAAGGCCUUCCACAUCUGGAAAUAUGAUAAUUUUGCCCACAGAGCAGCUGUGCGGAAAGCUAUUGCCAGUAACAAAGAAUGGCAGGAAAAGUUGUCUGCAAUUCUACCACUCCUAAAAACGCAGGAUAUGGAAAUAGCUUACCUGGUCCCAUGGUGUAAGCUUGGGACUCCUCCCAAAGAGGGAGUUUAUGAGUUGGUUACAUACCAGCAGAAACCAGGUGGACCAGCAUUGUGGGGGCAGUCAUUCAAAGCGGCAAUAGAUGCCCACAUAAAUACAAACUAUGCUAAGCUGAUCGGAGUCUUCCACACGGAAUACGGAUUACUUAACAGAGUUCGUGUUCUUUGGUGGCAUGAGAGCCCAGACAGUCGGGCAGCUGGAAGGCAUCGUGCCCAUGAAGAUGCCAGGGUGGUAGCAGCUGUACGAGAAAGUGUUCAGUUUUUGGAAUCCCAGCAAAACAUGCUUCUGAUUCCGACCCUAUUUUCACCUUUGAAAUAGUUCUCUACCUGCGGAAGGACACAUCAGGAAACUUAAUUUGCUUUCUGAACUUUUAUCCUCUAUUAAAAUGUUUGUGUCAUGGUGCACGAAGACUGUCAGACAUUUUAUUUUUCAAAGUUGAUUUUUCAGUCCAAAGAACAUAAUACACAUAAUCAGAGACAUCUUACUUCAGACUUGGGGGUCUUUAAGAAAAAGAAUCAGCCCCAUGAUAUCUCCUAUUAUAUCACUAAUAUAUGCAUAUUAUAAUAAGCAGGACUUUUUUUGAGCAGGAACACACAGGAAUGCAGUUCCAGCUGGCUUGGUGUCAAGGGGUGUGGCCUAAUAUGCAAAAGAGUUCCUGCUGGGCUUUUUCUACAAAAAAAGCCCCGAUAAUAAACAUGAGGGAGAAAAUGAUUUCUUAGCUUACAAAGCUAUGAUAAACACCAAAGGUGAAAUCAAAUCUUGGCAAAAGAUUCAAGAGGAAGGGAAGAAGAUACAAUGGCUAGUUUAUGUAAAAACUGUUAAUGAUUAAUGACUUUCUGAUUUCAAUGCCCCCUUUUUCUGUAUCCUAUUAACUAUACAAUAAUAAAAAAACACUGUUACCAAAA